AUGAUAUCCGAGGGCCCAUCUGCAUCGAAACGUAUGAAGCUCGAUGCCCCGGGAACAUCGGAUGUGGAGGGGAAUGUAGCGGCGGCACCAGGUCUAGGCGUCGAACCUGACGACCAGGUCGCCGUCGUGACCGCUGUAGUGGAUCCGAUCCCCGUCCCAGACGUUGAAAGCGAACGCUGGAUCCAUCUCCUCUUCACCUGGUCUGGAAAGCCUUUCUCCAUAGACGUGGCAGAAUCAGACCGUGUUUAUGAUCUGAAAGGCGCGCUGCAGAGUCUGACGGACGUACCACCAGAACGGCAGAAGAUUCUUGGUUUAGUCAAGGGCAAACUCCCACCAGAUGAGGAACGGGUAGGUAACCUCAACCUCGUGAGCGGCAAAAAGUUCACACUCGUUGGAACGCCACAAGGUCAUGAACUCAAGGAUCCAUCCCAGCUGGAGUUCCUUCCGGACGUAUUGAACGAUCUGGACGUAGACUUUUCUGAGAACCCCGCUGCUGCACAGGAAUACAUGAACGAUCAGAGAAACAAGCGAAAGGUCAAAGAACAUACACAGAAAUUGCAACUCAAUAUCAUCAAUCCGCUUAGAGAGAACAAGCGACUCUUGGUUCUAGAUCUGGAUUAUACUAUCCUAGACACGAAACCACUCACGUCUGGUGCGCUCCCGCCCAACGAAUGUGCUCGGCCAAUGCUACAUGAAUUUCUGGAAGCGAUCUACCCUUACUAUGAUAUCUGUAUAUGGUCGCAGACCAAUUGGAUGUGGCUCGAGACGAAGCUAGUAGAAUUAGGUAUGCUUGGAGGUGGUCGGAAUUAUCAGAUAUCGUUCGACAAGACGUGCAUGUUCACUGUGUUCUCAAAACGAGAAGGCAAGCAAUAUAAGCACUCGGUCAAGGCCCUGCAGAUCAUCUGGAAUCAUCUUCCUCAGUUCAAUGCUAACAACACGAUUCAUGUGGAUGAUCUGGGUCGCAAUUUUGCCCUGAACCCUGGAGAGGGCCUGAAAAUCCCCGCAUUCAAAGAGGCACAUACACCACAAGCCAUGAUGGAUCGCGAGUUGGACCGACUUGCACGGUAUAUGGUUCACAUUGCCAACACAUGCGCAGACUUCCGCCAGGUUGACCAUAAGGACUGGCAUGCUAUCGAGCAAGGCCUUCCCUGA